AUGAAUAAUCUAUUUGAUAAUGCAGAAAAAUUAGUUAAAUUUAAUCGAAGUUUAUCACAACAAUUACAAAUAAAGAAUGUACUUAAUCCUUAUACUCAAUUAUUUAUCAAUGUACAACUUGCAAAUAGACUGAAAAUUCUUUCAAAUGGAUAUUAUCGAAAUCGUUACGGUAAUUUAAUUCCACUCAAUAUAGCAGCAAGUAAAGGUUUAAUAGAAUUUAUAAUCAAUGAUGAAAUUGAUUAUGAAGAAAUGGAAAUAGAAUAUCGUUCAAAACAUUAUCCAAUUAUAACAAAUCUUUUAAUUCAUCAAGUUUAUGAUAGUAUUAAUAAAUGUAUGAUUACAUUUCGGCAAGCUAUUGAUAAUAAUUAUCUUGAUAUAGAAUUAUUUAUUUAUUCAUGUUCAAAUAUAUCAAUGUCAAUACAUGAAGCUUUUUAUUGUGGAUUAAUUAUUGGUGAAUUACGUACAAAUAUAAUUGAACAAGAAUUUCCUAAACAAAUAAUAAAUAUAAAUGAAAAAUAUGAUUUUGAUUAUGAUAUAUUAUUUUCAUUAUUAAAAACAAUUGUUAAUAAUUUAAAUGAAUUUAUAAAUACAAUAAAGAUUAUUGAUGAAUGUCAAUUAACAUCAGAUGGAUAUAUUCAACAUAAAAAAACAAGAGAAUGUUAUUUAUUAACACAAGCUAUAGAACUUGGUCUAGUUUCAUUUCAAGAUAGUUCACAAAUAACUCCAUUCAAUAACUCGAAAGUUGUAAAAUAA